UUUUCUUUAGUUGUUCAAGUUACUUUAGUGUUCCUUUAGGUGUAAAAAUUGUGGAAUUAAUUAAUUUUAAAUCCACAACAUUACAACCAUAAUGAUUUUGUCUGUUUUAUUAACGUGCCUAUUAAUUCAGCAAGUGCAUCCCUACGUCGUUUCGGAGGAAUACGAUCUUGAAUUCGCCGCACUGAAGAGCUCCCUCAAGAGGGUGGUACAAGAGCAAGUGCAAAUAAUCAGGGCGACUUUGGAGUACGAGAAAUCGCUCGUGGUGACCGCAUUAGAAAAUUUACAGCGAGAUUUAAACCAACUGCAACAAUACGUCAAUGAAACUGAAGCUAGAGCCGAUGCAAUAAAUAUGAGCAUAGUGGACUGUUUGAGUAAAAUCGAAGACUUUGGAAAGUUGAAAAAUCAAUUUAAAGCCAUUGAAGAUUGCCAAGUACAGCCGAAUUUGCAGUUCCUACAAAAGGAGGUCAACUAUUUUUCUCACGUUUACAACAAUUUCGAACAAAUAAUCGUUUACGAUUGUCUCGAAACCGAAUCGAAAAAUAUGUACAAGACUAGCGAUAUUGACGGAAAACAUCCUUGUAUCGACGACCAAAUCUCUCAAUUAGAGGUAAGACUCGCUCUCGUCGAACAACUAUCGGAGAUAUUCAUAAAAUCAUCGAGCAACGCCUGCGCCGGUUGCGUACAGUAUCAAAUGAGUUUGUUAGAUCAGAAACUAUUUAAAUUAUCCUCAGCAUUUAGGAAUUGUACCGAUGAAAUUAUUCAAUAAUUUGAAUGUUUACCCAGCUGGUCAUUUUACUACAAGUAUUAAAGAAUUU